UCGACCUUCCUCGCCGCGCGGCCAUCUUCUCCCAGUCGGUGCCCAGACUGCAGCUGCGGAGGAUCCCCGGAGCGAAGCUGCGAAGAUGCUGUCCGUGCGCGUCGCCGCGGCCGUGGCCCGCUCCCUCCCUCGCCGGGCCGGGCUGGUCUCCAAAAAUGCUUUGGGAUCCUCCUUUGUUGCUGCAAGGAACCUCCAUGCCUCUCAGACUCGCCUUCAGAAGACUGGUACUGCUGAGAUGUCAUCUAUCCUUGAAGAGCGAAUUCUUGGAGCUGAUACUUCUGUUGACCUUGAGGAGACUGGGCGUGUCCUAAGUAUUGGUGAUGGUAUUGCCCGUGUUCAUGGGCUGAGGAAUGUUCAAGCAGAAGAAAUGGUAGAGUUUUCUUCAGGCUUAAAGGGAAUGUCUCUGAACUUGGAGCCUGACAAUGUUGGUGUUGUCGUCUUUGGGAAUGAUAAGUUGAUUAAGGAGGGAGACAUUGUGAAGAGGACUGGUGCCAUUGUGGAUGUCCCUGUUGGCGAGGAACUCUUGGGCCGUGUAGUAGAUGCCCUUGGAAACGCCAUUGAUGGAAAGGGUCCAGUUGGUUCCAAGACCCGAAGGCGAGUUGGCCUAAAAGCCCCUGGAAUCAUUCCUCGAAUUUCUGUGCGGGAACCAAUGCAGACUGGCAUCAAGGCUGUGGAUAGCUUGGUGCCUAUUGGUCGUGGUCAGCGGGAGCUGAUUAUUGGUGACCGACAGACUGGGAAAACAUCAAUUGCUAUUGACACAAUCAUUAACCAGAAACGGUUCAAUGAUGGUACCGAUGAAAAGAAGAAGCUUUACUGCAUUUAUGUUGCUAUUGGCCAGAAGAGAUCUACUGUGGCCCAGCUGGUGAAGAGACUGACUGAUGCAGAUGCCAUGAAAUACACCAUUGUGGUUUCAGCCACUGCUUCUGAUGCCGCCCCGCUUCAGUAUCUGGCUCCUUAUUCUGGUUGCUCUAUGGGAGAAUACUUCAGGGAUAAUGGCAAACAUGCUUUGAUCAUCUAUGAUGAUUUAUCCAAACAGGCUGUUGCUUAUCGCCAGAUGUCCCUGCUGCUUCGUCGACCCCCUGGUCGUGAGGCCUAUCCAGGUGAUGUGUUCUACCUGCACUCCCGUCUGCUGGAGAGAGCGGCCAAGAUGAAUGACUCCUUUGGUGGUGGCUCCUUGACUGCUUUGCCAGUCAUCGAAACACAAGCUGGUGACGUGUCUGCUUACAUUCCAACAAAUGUCAUUUCCAUCACUGAUGGACAGAUUUUCUUGGAAACUGAAUUAUUCUACAAAGGUAUCCGCCCUGCCAUUAACGUCGGUCUGUCUGUGUCUCGGGUCGGAUCUGCUGCCCAAACCAGGGCCAUGAAGCAGGUGGCAGGUACCAUGAAGUUGGAGUUGGCUCAGUAUCGUGAGGUUGCUGCCUUUGCCCAGUUCGGUUCUGACCUUGAUGCCGCCACUCAGCAGCUCUUAAGUCGUGGUGUACGUCUGACUGAGUUGCUGAAGCAAGGACAGUAUUCUCCCAUGGCUAUUGAAGAACAAGUGGCUGUUAUCUAUGCUGGUGUGAGAGGGUAUCUGGAUAAACUAGAACCCAGCAAGAUCACCAAGUUUGAGAAUGCUUUCUUGUCUCAUGUUAUCAGCCAGCACCAGUCCCUCUUGGGCAAUAUCAGGGCUGAUGGAAAGAUUUCUGAACAGUCAGAUGCAAAGCUGAAAGAGAUUGUAACAAACUUCUUGGCUGGAUUUGAAGCUUAAGCUCCUAUGGAUUCACAUCAAAUGCCAGUUUACUUUUUGUCUUUGUUUUCUUUAGUGAUCACUUUCAUUUGUAAAAGGGUUACUCUCAUGUUCCAGAUGUACAGAAAUCAUGGUUAAAAAUAAAAGGUUCAGUAUUGG